CUCCUCUUCGAAGAUAGAUCAGUUUCUUCUUCGUCGAUCUAGUCGCGUCGUGUCGAUCAGCACCGGCCAUCUAUCCGGCCAAGAGAGAGAUCCCGGCGUCGACCGGUCGGUCAUGGCGAGGCACAGCGCGCGGGACGUUCUUGCGCUGCCGGAGAAGGAGGAGAGCGCGGCUGUGGACAAUGGCGGCGGCGGCGGCGAGGUGGCGGAGAGGCAGGCGAGGGCGAUCAUAACCACGGCGAAGAGGGCGUUGGAGGAGGAGGCGGCGGCGGGGGGCGGCGGUGGGACGAAGCUGUCGAUGAAGAGGUCGCUGGAGUGGUUCCUGGAGAGCAGGAGGAAGAGGGUGGCGACGGCGGCCGCCGGUGACCGUCGUCGCAACGGCGACGACUCGUCGUCGUCUUGUUCCAACUAGUGUAUAGCUGGUCGACUGGCUGUGCGUUUGUGUGCGCGCGACGGCGCGACAUUAAUUCUCUUGACUGUCGAUGCCUUGCAUUGGGGCCUAAUUAACUAGAGAUAUUUGCUCGAUCUCAACGAUUUGUUUCGAUCUCCUUGUUCUGGAUGAUCUAUUGAUCUCUACCUAAUCGACAUUGAAUAUUUGAAUGUGGAAUUGAACUUACCUGGUUGAUGAAAGAAUGAAGAUGAGA